AUGUUCAAAAAGGUAGGCGUCGACAUCCUCGGCCUCGUCCAGAACAUGUCGCUCUUUACCUGUCCGCACUGCGCCGGCCACACCAACGUCUUCGGCACCAACGAGCGCGUCGAGACCAUGUGCCGCGAGCACGCCAUCGAGUUCCUCGCCGACGUGCCGCUGCAUCCUGCCAUUGGCGACGACGCCGACAGGGGCAAGCCGACGGUCGUGGCCGAGCCCACGAGCGAGCGCGCUCGUGUUUUUGUGAAAAUGGCCGAGGAUGUUGCUGCCAAGCUCAACAUGUCGAGGUGA